AUGAUUGUAAAUAAUGAAAAAAUGCAAUAUGUUGCUUUCUAAUUAAUUUAUAAAUAAAUGAUUCUACCAAUUUGCUAAAAUAACGCCCCAAAAUACAUAAUGCUAAAUAUGUCUAACAAAACAUAAAAUUAAUGCUUGAAACGUAUACCACAUGAAAUUUAUAUGCGAUUACACGACGACUUUAUUUCUGUUUCUACAUAUUCAGAAACUAGACAUUCUUAUUAUUUAUAUAUGUUUAACUACUAUAAUGGUGAGUCGUGAAGAUUCUCUUUGUUGGUAUCAUGAAAAUUUGUCUAGAGAGAACUCGGAAAAAUUAUUAAAAGAAGAAUCAUGUGAGGAUGGUGUUUUCUUAGUGAGAGAAAGUUCAUCUUCAAGUGGAGAUUAUGUGUUAUCGGUGCUACAUGACAAAGAAGUUGUUCAUUAUCAAAUAAGGAGGCAUGGGGAGGAUGCUUUUUUUUCGAUAGAUGAAGAAGUAACUUUGCAUGGACUUGAAAGUCUAAUACAAUAUUACCAAAAAGAUGCUCACGGAUUGGUGACUAAAUUAACUACUUUAUGUAAAGGUUCCCCUCCACCACAUGAUUCACGGAUACAUGGAAGAACAAAUUUAUUGCAUAGAGCUACUAAGGAAGGUAAUUACACGGUUGUAUCCGAACUUUUAAAGUGUGGAUAUAGAAGUCUUGAGGCUAAAAAUGAAGAUGGGCAAACAGCAGCGCAUCUUGCAGCUCGAUUGGGUAUGGAUGAUAUAUUAAAAAAACUUAUUGAAAGUGGUGCCAAUGUGAACUGCAGAGAUACAGCAGGACUUACUCCUUUACAUUAUGCGUGCAAAAAAAAUCAUUUAGCUAAUACAGUGAGACUUCUAAUAGAGUUUGGUGGUGUGAGUCCUCAGACUAGAGAUAGUAAUACUAAUCAUGUUCCACUUCACGAGGCAGCCAUUCUUGGUCAUUCAGAAAUUAUAAGUGUUUUACUAUUGUGCAGAGCGCCAUUGAGACCACGAACACGUGAUAAUGAAACACCAUUAGACUUGGCUCGCAAAUUUGGGCAUGAAAAUUGCUGUGAAAUGCUGGACUCUUACCAACAACCUGUGCCUAAAACAAAUCGAUCGGAAUGGUAUCAUGGAACGCUAGAUCGCAAUGAAGCUGUAUCUUUAUUGAACCAAUAUGCUGCCAGUUUGAUUGAGAAGCAAGAUGGUAUAUUUUUGAUACGGUAUAGUGAAAGGCACGGAGGAAAUUAUGUGCUGACGAUGUUACAUGAACAGCAAGCCUAUCAUUUCAGAAUACGGUCACAGGGUCGUUGGUUAUUCAUUGAUGAUGGACCAUAUCAUGAAUCACUUGAGCAUUUAGUGGAGCAUUACUCGUUGAUGUCUGACGGUUUACCCAAUAUGUUGCAAGUUGCGGUUUCACCAAAACCGAAACCACCUUUACCAGAAUUUUCAACUAUACCGAGAAUGAAAAGCAGUUCAGUAAAAAAUAUUUUUCCAAAUAAGAGUAAUAUGGAAUCUCUAUCGAAAUCAGCAAAUGUUUCUUUAAUGAAUAAUGAAACAAUUAGUUUACAAAGUUGCACCAUGACAAACGACCAGGACUCUUUCUACACAAUACCUUUGAAUAACGCGGCAGUUCAAAUAGAUAAUCAUUUAAAUAUGUCAACAACUUAUAAUGACAUUGAAAAUGAUGUAAAUAAAAAUAUAAUUAGAGAUGAAAGCAAACAAAAUAACUCUUUUUGUAAGGAAAUUCAAAACGAUUUGUCCAUCCAAAGGAACUCUGAUAUUUCUAAAGAGUCUUUAGUACUAGGUUCUGUACUUGGCGAGGGUGAAUUUGGGGAAGUUUAUAAGGGAAUUUAUGUCAUUAAUAAAACGUGUCAGAUAGACGUUGCCAUCAAAACGUUACGCGAAGAACAUGUUGAAGCUAAUAAAGAAGAUUUUUUGAGAGAGGCCAAAUUAAUGAUGAGCUUAGAUCAUCAUUGUAUAGUACGUCUAAUAGGAGUUUCUCAGGGACCACCAUUGCUAAUGAUUCAAGAAUUAGUUUCAUUAGGAUCUAUGCUGAAUUAUCUUCUCGAGUUUCCAGAAAGAGUGAAUCCUAAGUGUGAAUUGAAAAUAUGGGCCGCGCAAAUUGCUUGUGGAAUGUAUUAUCUUGAAACUCAGAAGUUUGUACAUCGUGACUUGGCUGCUAGAAACAUAUUGUUAUCUUCUAAGCAUCAAGCGAAAAUAAGUGAUUUUGGUUUAUCAAGAGCUUUAGGAACUGACAACAAUUACUAUCAAGCAACCCAAGGUGGCAAAUGGCCAAUUAAAUGGUAUGCUCCAGAAUCUUACAGUUUCGGUACAUUUUCGCAUGCAAGUGAUGUUUGGAGUUUUGGGAUAACGCUUUGGGAGAUGUUUUCUAUGGGAGCUCAGCCAUAUGGUGAUGAGCGAGGUGUUGAGGUUAUCCAACUAAUUGAAAAGGGCGUUAGAUUGACUUGUCCAGAAAACUGUCCUCAGGAUAUGUAUGAACUUAUGAACAAAUGUUGGUCAUAUGAGCCACAGAGUCGUCCUACAUUCGAAUACCUGAUGAAUUUUCUGUCUUCAGAUCCCGACUAUGAAAAUGUAAAAGAAUUAGUUAAAGGUAUGCACAUUGGUUAGUAGUAAUUAUAUACUAAUUUUAUUAAAAAAUAUGGAUAACUAAUACUAUUCCAAUAUAAUAAAUUUAUCAUAUAUCUGCGCCAUGAUUAUCAUAUAAAUUGAUACAAUCGGUUUAUAUUAUAGGAGAGACUAGGUUCGGUUGUGCCACUUUUUUGAUCAGUAAUAUUUUGUUAAUUUACCAAUUAACUGGGAGAAAAAUUAUUUAAAUGGUAGUUUGAACAUUUGACUUUCUUGAAAUACAGAAAUACUGUUCUUAAAUACGGUGGAUAAAAUUAUAUAAUGAAAUCAUACAAAAAGAGAGAGUGUCACAACAGUU